AACAGCUUUUUGAUGAGAACGGAAAUUGUCUAUUUUAUAUUUUUCAUCGCUGCGUUGCAGUUCGUAUCCUGGUCAUUGGCCGACAGCUUUUCAAACUGAACGGCUGCAGUACAACGGAGCGCUACAUUAUUGGACAAAAUGUCAUUCAGAUAUUCGUCUGAAAGCUUAUUUUUCGUUUUUUUCACUCUCCAAUUCUUUUUGGCCAUCGUUUUGGCUCAGACCAGUCAACUCGUUUUCCAAGAGGAUUUCAACACCUUGGAUCGUAAUCGCUGGCAACACCUGAUCACUGCCUGGCGAGGGGGCAACAACGAAUUCCAGUAUUAUACGAAUCGCACAGAAAACAGUUAUGUCAAAAAUGGAGUGCUUUUUAUAAAGCCGACAUUGACCGCCGAUCGCUUCGGCAACGAUUUUCUUUACACGGGGACUUUGGAUUUGAAUAAGGAAGGAUGCAAUAUCAACUGGGAUAACGGAUGUUUCGUGUAUCGUAUUUUCCUUCUUAAUAAAACGCUUAUUGACAUGUGCAAGAAUAAAAUUUAUUUUCUGUUUAAUAACUUUAGCCAGGCUGGGGCAGAAAUUAUCAAUCCAAUCCAAUCAGCGCGGAUCGUGACGAGUAAAUCAUUCAGCUUCACGUAUGGAACGGUGGAGGUCCGCGCAAAAAUGCCUCGAGGCGAUUGGAUUUGGCCAGCGAUUUGGAUGCUGCCAACGGACUCGGUCUACGGAAAUUGGCCCCGUUCUGGUGAGAUAGAUAUCGUGGAAGCUAGAGGAAACGCUGAUUUGACUUGCAAUGAUGGCCAAGGCAAGAUUGGAAAUAGCAAAAUGUACUCUACCCUUCACUGGGGUCCAGACGGUGCCAACAAUCAAUUCCGAAAGACAUCUUGGGCAAAGUUAUUAUCGAAUGGAACGUACUCCUCCGACUUUCACAUUUACCGUCUUGAAUGGCUUUCCACUGGUAUCACGUUUAAGGUAGACGGCCAGGUGGUGGGUUCUGUAUCUCCACCAGCUGGUGGCUUUUGGCAGUUAUCCGGGCUGACUGGAACCAAUCCAUGGGCUGCAGGAACAAAAAUGGCUCCCUUUGACAAGAAGUUCCAUUUUGUUCUAAACGUUGCUGUUGGAGGUAAUUUUUUCCCUGAUGGUUGUGUGAAUGUUCCUUAUAACAAACCAUGGACUGGAUCCAGCUCGACUCAGAUGCGUUCUUUCUGGGAAAGAAAGUGUGAAUGGUAUCCUACUUGGUACCGAACUUCUCAGGACGAUGCCGCCAUGCAAGUUGACUACAUUCGAGUAUGGAGUGCUUAGCAUUAUAACCAUUUUCGUACGACAGUUGGCUGCAUGGAGAUGCCCCAGAUAUAAAGACGAAACUUGAAAUACAGCAGAGGUAAAGCCA